AUGGAGCACCUCGGGGCUCACCACCUGCACCAAGGCCAAGCCGAGCCCAUCAGCUUCGGCAUCGACCAAAUCCUCAACACGUCGGAGCCGGGCAGCUGCAUGGUGUCCCACUCGCGGCUGCAGGACUCGGCCGAUUACGGCCUGGGUUGCAUCGUGGGCAGCGCCUACAACACGGUCACCGGCGGCUACGGGGCGAGCGGCGGCGGGGCCGGAGCCUACGGCGGCACUUCGUGCAGUAUGGGAACCUUGCCCGGCUCCUACAACGUGAACAUGGCGGUGAGCAUGAACGGCAACGCUUUGAGCUCGGCCGGGGGGGUGAUCCGCGUCCCGGCCCACCGCCCCGUAGCCGGCGGCGUGCACCAGCCCCUCUCCACCGCCGUGCCGCCGGUGAACGGCAUGAACAGUCUGACGGGGCUCACCUUCCCCUGGAUGGAGAGCAACAGGCGGUACACAAAGGACAGGUUCACAGGUCACCCCUACCAGAACCGCACACCCCCCAAGAAGAAGAAGCCACGCACGUCCUUCACCCGCCUGCAGAUCUGCGAGCUGGAGAAGCGCUUCCACCGGCAGAAGUACCUGGCCUCUGCUGAGCGUGCAGCCCUGGCCAAGGCCCUCAAGAUGACGGACGCACAAGUGAAGACCUGGUUCCAGAACAGGCGCACCAAGUGGAGGAGGCAGACAGCGGAGGAGCGGGAGGCCGAGCGGCAGCAAGCAAACCGCAUCCUCAUGCAGCUGCAGCAGGAGGCCUUCCAAAAAACCAUCAACCAGCCCAUCCAGGCCGACCCCAUCUGCGUGCACAACUCCUCUCUCUUCGCCCUGCAGAACCUCCAGCCCUGGUCUGACGACUCCACCAAGAUCACCAGCGUCACUACCGUCGCCUCCGCCUGUGAAUAAGGGCCAGCACCUGCCGUGUCCCCUUUGUCACAGGGCACACGUGCGUCCCAUGGAUCAUCCCUCUAUGAGGACCAAUGGGGAAGGGAAAUUUGGCCCCCAAAUUCUCCCUGCCUGCAGGACUGCGGAGCAGCAGCGGCUCGCCUCCCCCCAGCCCUUUUGUUCUUCCUAAAGUCUCUGGUGCCGGCCUCAAACUUCCUGACACGCUGCCAGACAAAGCUGAGCCCUGACAGACGUGGCCGCGGGCGAGUGCCCGGCUGGAGGAACUUCCUCUGUGU